GGGUACGCUGCUGCUGCCGGCUUCACCGGUAGGCUGUUCGGACUCGUUGGUCGCGCUCUACCUCCCUCGGCGGAAAGAUGGCGGCGGUUGUUGCCGCUGACAUGACCUGCCUCAGAGCCAUUUCAGAUUCUUCUCAUCUGGGGUUUUUCUUCACUUGAAGACGGUGGCAUGGAUCAUGAAGCCCCAACCAUCAGACCUCGUCGGAUCCAGAACCAGAAUGUCAUCUACCGCUUGGAACGGCGAAGGAUCACGUCUGGCAAGAUGGGGACACACUGGCACCAGGUCCGCGUCUUCCACCAAAACGUCUUCCCCAACUUCACAGUGGUGAAUGUUGAAAAGCCACCCUGCUUCCUGCGCAAGUUUUCCCCUGAUGGAAGGUACUUCAUAGCUUUCUCCUCGGAUCAGACUUCCUUGGAAAUCUAUGAAUAUCAAGGGUGUCAGGCAGCAGAGGACCUCCUCAAGGGCUAUGAAGGGGAGAUCUUGGCAAAUGGCAAUGACCAGCGGUCCAUUAACAUCCGUGGGCGGCUCUUUGAGCGCUUCUUUGUCCUUCUCCAUAUCACCAAUGUGGCUUCCAACGGCGAGCACUUGAACCGUGAGUGCAGCUUGUUCACAGAUGACUGUCGCUAUGUCAUUGUUGGCUCUGCUGCCUACCUGCCAGAGGAGCCCCACCCUCCCUUCUUUGAGGUUUACCGCAACAGCGAAUCAGUGACUCCUAAUCCCAGGUCCCCUUUAGAAGAUUACUCUUUGCACAUCAUAGACCUCCACACAGGCAAGCUGUGUGACACCAGGACGUUCAAAUGUGACAAAGUCAUCUUGUCCCACAACCAAGGGCUCUACUUGUAUAAGAAUAUCCUGGCCAUUCUGUCUGUACAGCAGCAAACCAUCCAUGUUUUUCAGGUGACGCCAGAGGGCACCUUCAUUGACGUACGGACAAUCGGUCGCUUCUGCUACGAGGAUGACCUCCUCACGCUGUCAGCAGUCUAUCCAGAAGUCCAGCGGGACUCUCAGACAGGCAUGGCGAACCCAUACAAAGAGCCAUUCAUCAAUUCUUUGAAACACAGAUUGCUGGUCUACUUGUGGCGAAGGGCAGAGCAAGAUGGGAGCACGAUGGCAAAAAGGAGGUUCUUUCAGUAUUUUGACCAGCUGAGGCAGCUGCGGAUGUGGAAGAUGCAGCUGUUAGAUGAAAACCACCUCUUUAUCAAAUACACCAGUGAAGAUGUGGUCACAUUGCGGGUGACAGACCCUUCACAGCCUUCCUUCUUCGUCGUGUACAACAUGGUGACCACUGAGGUGAUCGCUGUUUUUGAGAACACUUCAGAUGAGCUGCUGGAACUCUUUGAGAACUUUUGUGACCUCUUCCGAAACGCCACCCUGCACAGCGAGGCAGUUCAGUUCCCCUGCUCGGCCUCCAGCAACAAUUUUGCCAGGCAGAUCCAACGCCGGUUUAAAGACACUAUCGUGAAUGCCAAGUACGGCGGGCACACCGAGGCUGUGCGGCGGCUCCUGGGCCAGCUCCCGAUCAGCGCUCAGUCCUACAGCGGCAGCCCUUACCUUGAUCUCUCCCUCUUCAGUUAUGACGACAAGUGGGUUUCAGUCAUGGAGCGCCCCAAGACUUGUGGUGACCAUCCAAUUAGGUUCUAUGCCCGAGAUUCUGGCCUUCUGAAGUUUGAAAUCCAAGCGGGGCUCCUGGGCCGGCCUAUCAAUCACACUGUCCGGCGACUGGUCGCAUUCACCUUCCACCCGUUUGAGCCCUUUGCCAUCUCUGUGCAGCGGACUAAUGCCGAAUAUGUUGUAAACUUCCACAUGAGGCACAGCUGCACAUAAUGCAGUUUUCGUCGGUGGCAGCCAUGCCUGUUGGCUAAACGUGUUUUGUCACUGACACGCCAAAGCAAGACCGGCCUGUUCUAGAAAACCAAACAUCCCUGCUGCCCUUUGAGGAGCUGAAAGCGCCAUUGGUCUUCCCCCGCCUACUGUGGUGACUGGUGAACUGCUCCUGCCCUCGGAGGAAGGCUGCUGGGUUGCUUCUUCUGGAUCAGCUGAGUGCUGAUGAACUCGGAGUCCCGGUGCUGUUUCACUGCCUGACUCACCUUAUGCUCUGUUUGGCCUAACUGACUGUUCGGCCUUACGCUUGGUGGACCAGUCCAGCUCCAUUCAAUUCUUUUGUGGGGAGGGAGGUGUGGUCUGUUGAGCAGAAUGCAGCAGAGAAACAGUUUCCCUUUAACCAAACAGUCCAGUCUUUAAAGAGCUGUCCCCAGGCCUGUCGGGCUAUUCACCAAAUUACCUUUCAAAACCACACAUUUUCUUUUCCUGUCCUGACGUAAUUAUACUGCUGCAGAAAUCUG